AUGUCCAUCCGCCGGCUUAGAAACAAUCCUAAAACACUGGAGGACGUCAACAUAGUGACAGAGGAGCUGAAGAAUCUUUAUUACAAGAGACUGCUGCCGAUAGAGAAGUACUACUCUUUCCAUCACUUUCACUCUCCUAGCUAUGAGGAUGCAGAUUUUGACAAUAAACCAAUGGUCUUGGUGAUGGGUCAGUACUCAACUGGGAAGACAACUUUUAUCAAGUAUCUCAUAGAGCAAGACUUUCCUGGUAGCAGAGUUGGGCCAGAGCCAACCACUGACUGCUUCAGUGCCAUCAUGUACGGAGAGACAGAGGGAAUUAUCCCAGGGAAUGCUCUUACAGUGGAUCCAAAGAAGCCCUUUCGCAACCUCAACCCUUUCGGAAACGCCUUUCUGAACAGGUUUCAGUGUGCUCAGCUGCCAAAUCAGGUCCUUGAAAGUAUCAGCAUUAUUGACACACCAGGCAUCUUAACUGCUGCAAAGAGAAAACUGAGUCGAGGAUAUGACUUCCCAGCAGUGCUGCGCUGGUUUGCUGAGCGUGUGGAUCGUAUCAUCCUCCUGUUCGAUGCACAUAAGCUGGAGUUCUCUGAUGAGCUCACUCGGGCCUUCGCAGCUCUGUACGGCUACGAGGACAAGCUGCGUGUAGUUCUGAAUAAAGCUGACAGGGUAGACUCCCAACAGCUCAUGCGCGUGUAUGGCGCCCUCAUGUGGUCACUAGGGAAGGUGUUCCGAACACCCGAGAUCCUGCGGGUUUACAUCGGAUCUUUUUGGUCAGAGCCAAGGCAGGUGUGUGACCACUACCAGCUGAUAGAGCUUGAGGAAGAGGAUCUUUUGGCCGACAUAAGGAACCUGCCACGCAAUGCUGCAGUACGCAAGCUGAACGACCUGGUGAAGAGGGCGCGCUUAGUGAGGGCUCAUUCACACAUCAUCAGCUAUUUGAAGCAGGAGAUGCCAACCAUCUUUUGCAAAGACACAAAGAAGCACAAUCUGAUCUACCAGCUUCCUGUGAUCUUCACCAAGAUCCAGCAACAACAUCGAGUCCCAGCUGGUGACUUCCCAGACUGUACCAAGAUGCAGGAGCGGCUUUUAGGCCAAGACUUCUCAAAGUUCAAGACAUUAAAACCAAGCCUGAUGGCCUCCUUGGACAAACUCCUGUCCACUGAUAUAGCAAAGCUGAUGCCCUUACUUCAAUAUCAAGAGCGGAGGAACAAACCCCUACCAGGGGUGCUGGAUGGUGAAUUUUUGGGAACAUUCAGGCCAAUGUAUUUCAAGAGACAUCCUUUCAAGGAAAUCCCAAAAGAUGAAGAAGGCAGCGAACAAGAUCUCGAAGAGUGGAUAGUGGAGAAAUAUAAGCCAAAAUAUGAUGAGAUUUUCUACAGCCUCUGCCCGGUUGAGGGCAGACUGAGUGGCACCAAAGUCAAAGAGUGGAUGGUAACAACUCAGCUGCCCAGCUCUGUGCUCGCCCACAUCUGGAGGCUAUCUGAUGUGGACUGUGAUGGUAUGCUGGACAAUGAAGAGUUUGCUUUAGCCAUCCACCUUAUCGAGGGGAAACUGGAAGGCCACUGGCUCCCCCCAGAGCUGCCAUCCCAUCUGGUGCCACCAUCAAAACGGGUACACACAGCCAAUGAUGAAGAGUAA